AUGGCUUGUCACAUAUGUGUGACCUGUGGUCUUCAAUAUCCAUUCUCACAAUUACCUCCUUCGCAUUGCUUGAUAUGUGAAGAUGAACGGCAAUAUGUUGGUGUCAAUGGUCAGAAAUGGACAACAAGAGAAGAAAUGUUAAGCAAAUAUGAAAAUAAAAUUACAUGCGAGGAACCUAACUUAUUUUCAAUCCACACAGAACCACGAUUUGCCAUUGGUCAACGUGCAUUUUUAGUACAAACAUCAUAUGGCAAUAUUCUCUGGGAUUGCAUUUCCUUUCUCGAUCAAACCACUAUUGAUUGUAUAAAUGACAUCGGUGGUCUUGCAGCAAUAGCCAUUUCUCAUCCACAUUUUUUUACAACUAUGGUAGAUUGGAGUCAUUUGUUUGGUAAUGUUCCUAUUUAUCUUCACAAGGACACUGAAGAGUGGGUAGUGAGACGUGAUAAGUGUAUUCACUUUUGGGACGGUAGCACAAAAGAUUUAUUUGAUGAGACACUAAAACUCAUUCACACAGGUGGACAUUUCGAAGGCUCACAAGUAUUAUACUGGUCAGAAGGAGCAUCACAGAGUGGUGUAUUACUCAGUGGAGAUGAGCCUCAUAUUUGUAUGGAUUCAAAACAAGUUACAUUCAUGCAUAGUUUUCCAAAUUACAUUCCACUCAAUGAACGAAAAGUUAAACGCAUCAUGGAACGCUUACAACUUGUCCACUUUGAUAAAUUGUAUGGUGCAGUAGCUAGUGGUGGUACAGAUGGAGUGAUUCGCGAAAAAGCACAAGAAAUCGUUCAACGAUCAGGCCAACGAUACUUGAAGGCUAUUUCAAACGAUUGA